UUUGCGAUUUCAAAAUCCUCUUCUCUCACAGAGAGUGAACAGUUCUUUGAUGGAUGCUUCUCCGUGAAUGUGGUUUUCUCGGCAAGUAUUCGUGGAGAAUCGGAAAUGCUUGAUCGAUUGAUCGAUGGAAGGGGAGCCGGAGCAGCGCCGUCCGAUUAGCCUCAGCUCCACCAGCAACUCGACGUCGUCGUCCUCAUCCUCGUCGCGGCCCACUCCCGGCUUCGUGCGCGAUAUGCAAGCCGCCUUCAAACGACACCGUCCAAUAGCUGUGAUGCAUAAGCCGGUAAGAAAUGUGGUUCCUCAGCGAGAGACUCCAAAGGAAUCAAGUAUAAGACCACAAUCAAUAUUGGAUUCCGAAAAAUGCAAAGGGGAUAUCCUGCAGAGUCGGAGGAUGCAGUCACUGCGAUGUUCCAAUAAUGAUGAUGUUCCAAUAACUCCACUUUCAGAAGGGGUUACCACAGUAGAUGCACAUGAUGUAAAUAUGAAGCUUUUCAAUACCCAGAGAGAUGGACCUACUAGGCCUCAGAUCAAUGAUGCAGUUGCUUUGUUGGGACCAGGACCUGGGAAUGCUCUACAAGAAAUUCAGAGGAAGGUUCAUUUUUCCAGCAAUGCCAUUGCCACAUCUUGUGGGGCCGAUGAUCAAAUGGCCACUGGAACAGGUGAUUUGUUGUCUCAUAUGGAUUCACUUGCAUUGACAGAAAAGAUGAUGGUUAUGGAUAAUCAAGUGGAUACAUCAGUUGCAGCCAAUCAGGACUGGAGAAAUCAUAAUCUUCAAGGUAUGGAAAUGGAAAACAGUCUUAGGUCUGAGGGAGGUAUUACUUCUGUGUUGACUGGAAGGACAAUGGGUGCUCAUGAUCAGCUCCACCAGUUUGGAAACUUUUUGCAGAAUGAUUUGAAUAAUGCCAUGACACAGUCUUCAGCGGUUGGAUCUUCUUGUGUUACUUCAACGCUUAUGAACUCAAGCUCUGCUCCUAUGAUUAAUUCAACAACUUAUUGCUCACAAUCUCAAGCAGGCGGUGCUCGAUUGGGCACUGGUCCAGCUGAAGAAGCUGAAGGGAAAAUGAACACAGUCCAGCCAUCAUGUUCUUUAUCCAAGAGUACUGGUGGAACUGGAGAAUCUGCUCCUCAGUCAGCUGUGACCUCACAAGCUAUCUGCUCUGCUCUUGCAACAGAGAUGGAAGUCAAUAAAUCUUCUGAUCCAUGUAAGGAGCUGCAGACUAGUUUGCCGCAUAAUUAUAGUAUUACUAAAGAUUCUUCUCUAGUAGACAACAGCAAUCCAGUCAAGGGAGACGUUCCCAGUGUAAAAUCUCAACUUCCACCAUCUGACGUACCUCCAUCAGAUAUGAAACUGGAAAAUUCCAAGUCAGAGAAACUAGAAAGUGGUGCCACUGGUAAAGCAACAUCAACUUCUCGUAAGAAGGGUUAUGAUCCUGACUUAUAUUUCAAAGUCAAUGGGAAGCUCUAUCAAAGACUUGGCAAGAUAGGUAGUGGUGGAAGUAGUGAGGUCCAUAAAGUUAUAUCAUCAGAUUGCACAAUAUAUGCCUUGAAGAAGAUAAAACUUAAAGGCCGUGACUAUGCCACUGCAUUUGGAUUCUGCCAAGAAAUAGAGUACUUAGACAAACUGAGGGGAAAGAACAACAUUAUUAACCUGGUUGAUUAUGAGGUGACAGAUAAAACUUUACUAAGGGAAGUGAUGCAAGGUUCAAUGAGUAAUAAGGAACGCAGGGUUAGAGAUGAUGGGUUCGUAUACAUGGUACUUGAACAUGGAGAAAUUGAUUUAGCUCACAUGCUAGCUCAGAAAUGGAAGGAACUGGAUGGUUCUAAUGCAACCAUAGAUGAGAACUGGCUCCGAUUUUAUUGGCAGCAAAUACUUCAAGCAGUAAACACCAUUCACGAGGAACGCAUCGUGCAUUCUGAUCUAAAGCCAGCUAAUUUUCUUCUGGUGAGAGGUUCCUUGAAACUAAUAGAUUUUGGGAUCGCCAAGGCUAUAAUGAGUGACACAACUAACAUUCAACGGGACUCGCAGGUCGGGACCCUAAGUUACAUGUCUCCUGAAGCAUAUAUGUGUAAUGAGACAGAUGCUAAUGGAAACACAAUAAAAUGCGGCCGUUCUUCGGAUAUCUGGUCCCUGGGUUGUAUCCUCUACCAAAUGGUCUAUGGGCGAACGCCUUUUGCGGAAUACGAAACUUUCUGGAAGAAAUUCAAAGCCAUCACUGACCCAAAUCACGAGAUCAAGUACGAACCUCUCCCAAACCCAUGGCUUCUGGAUCUUAUGAAGAAAUGUCUUGCAUGGGACCGGAAUGAGCGUUGGAGGAUCCCUCAACUACUCCAACACCCUUUUCUCGUUCCUCCAGUUCCACCUAAAUCACCUAGCCCUCCUGACCAACUUUGUACAGUGCUUCAACUAAUUGCCGAAUCAACAGCAGACGAUCAAAAGGGCGAGCUGCUAUGCUCUCAACUCCAGGCCAUGCUAACGGAUCCAAGAACGUCUGUAUCAAGAGACCAGUUGCGUAAUGUCUGCUCAUUCUCAACCGUUUGGUUUGAGCUUCGGGAACAGUUAGCGGGCUGUGAAGAAACUUACAGGCCGGAUAAAUGCCUCAUUUUCUUCAAGAGAUUUAGAUGUUUUAUCUCCGAGACAAUUUAAUUGUUGUUUAGGUUCCCACUUCCCAUUUAGUCAAGCUUUCAGAUUUUUUUUAUGCUGAUUUGGAGAUCAUACCAUAUGUGGAAAGUGGUUUCUUUUGUAAAAUAUAGCUAUAGAUUUUUGUAGAAAAAAUUGUCUGUAAAGACAAAUGUCACCACCACCACCAUCAUCACAAGUAAGCUAUCCUUUCAUGUUGUA